AUGCCUGAAUAUGACCCACCGCCGAAGGAUCUUACCCGCCUUAAUCCGAUCCAAAGGUACAUGCAGAAAGGCUCACUCGAAAAACAAGAUUACGCGUGGUUGUUCAUCCUCGUCCUUGCCUACUUCACGGUCCGUCCGUACCUACAAGAGCUAGCAAAGCGCUUUUUCAGUCCCGACACCGUCGAAGGCGAACGUAUUCAUCAGGAAUAUAUACAGACAAAAGCCAAAGCCAAGAUUGGACCAAAUGCCAUUCGAGGCACAGAUCAUCAAGAAUUGGAGACCAUCCCCGAGAGCAAAGAAGAUGUCACGACCUCAGGUACUCAAACCACGUCCAAGGGGAAAGCCGUAAAUCGCAAGAACAAGGAAAAGUCCCUUCAGGAUCAAUUAUUGGACUGGGACGAUGAGCCUGCUAGACCAGCAGAGGAACCCGGAAAAGCGGAUGUUGUUUCGUGGCUAGACAAAUGGUCCAAAGAAAGCGAGGAAUGA